GAGGGGCGUCAAGAUGGCGGCGGGGAGGUAGGCAGAGCCGGACGCCGCUGCUGCCGCCGCCACCGCCGCCGCCUCCGCUCCAGUCGCCUCUGGUUCUUCAAGCCCUCGCCACCCGGAGAAGCUGUUCCGGCGUCGGAUCCCGCGGGGAAAAUGGUGGAGCCAGGGCAAGAUUUACUGCUUGCUGCUUUGAGCGAGAGUGGAAUUAGUCCGAAUGACCUCUUUGAUAUUGAUGGUGGAGAUGCGGGGCUUGCAACUCCAACACCUACCCCUCCUGUACAGCAGUCAGUGCCACUUAGUGCAUUAGAACUAGGUUUGGAGACUGAAGCAGCAGUUCCUGUUAAACAAGAACCAGAGACGCUACCUACUCCAGCACUAUUAAAUGUUAGGCAUCAGCCUCCAUCUACUACAACAUUUGUGCUGAAUCAAAUAAAUCAGCUUCCGACUUUGGGAUCUACAAUUGUAAUGACUAAAACACCACCUGUAACCACGAGUAGGCAAACCAUCACUUUAACAAAGUUCAUUCAGACUACUGCAAACACACGUCCUUCGGUCUCAGCACCAGCAGCACGAAAUGCUAUGACCUCUGCACCUUCAAAAGACCAGGUUCAACUGAAGGACCUACUAAAAAAUAAUAGUCUGAAUGAACUCAUGAAACUGAAGCCACCGGCUAAUAUUGCUCAGCCAGUCGCAACAGCAGCUACUGAUGUAAGCAAUGGCACAGUAAAGAAAGAGUCUUCUAAUAAAGAAGUAGCAAGAAUAUGGAUAAAUGACAUGAAAAUGAGGAGUUUUUCCCCGACCAUGAAGGUCCCUGUUAUGAAAGAGGAAGAUGAACCAGAGGAAGAAGAUGAAGAAGAAAUGGGUCAUGCGGAAACCUAUGCAGAGUAUAUGCCAAUAAAAUUAAAAAUUGGCCUGCGUCACCCAGAUGCUGUAGUUGAAACUAGUUCUUUAUCCAGUGUUACUCCUCCUGAUGUUUGGUACAAAACAUCUAUUUCUGAAGAAACCAUUGAUAAUGGCUGGUUAUCAGCAUUACAGCUUGAGGCAAUUACGUAUGCAGCCCAGCAACAUGAAACAUUCCUACCAAAUGGAGAUCGUGCUGGAUUCUUAAUAGGUGAUGGUGCUGGUGUAGGAAAAGGAAGGACAAUAGCAGGAAUCAUCUAUGAAAAUUAUUUGUUGAGUAGAAAAAGGGCUUUGUGGUUCAGUGUUUCAAAUGAUUUAAAGUAUGAUGCCGAAAGAGAUUUGAGGGAUAUUGGAGCAAAAAAUAUUUUGGUCCAUUCAUUAAAUAAGUUUAAAUAUGGAAAAAUUUCUUCCAAACAUAAUGGGAGUGUGAAGAAGGGUGUGAUUUUUGCUACCUAUUCUUCCCUCAUUGGUGAAAGUCAGUCUGGUGGUAAAUACAAAACGAGGUUAAAACAACUCCUACAUUGGUGCGGUGAUGACUUCGAUGGAGUGAUAGUGUUUGAUGAAUGUCAUAAAGCAAAAAACUUAUGUCCUGUUGGUUCUUCAAAACCAACCAAGACAGGCUUAGCAGUUUUAGAACUUCAGAACAAAUUGCCAAAAGCCAGAGUUGUUUAUGCUAGUGCCACUGGUGCUUCUGAACCACGAAACAUGGCCUAUAUGAACCGUCUUGGAAUAUGGGGUGAGGGAACUCCAUUUAGAGAAUUCAGUGAUUUUAUUCAGGCAGUAGAACGGAGAGGUGUUGGUGCCAUGGAAAUAGUUGCUAUGGAUAUGAAGCUUAGAGGAAUGUACAUUGCUCGACAGCUGAGCUUUACUGGAGUGACCUUCAAAAUUGAGGAAGUUCUUCUUUCUCAGAGCUAUGUUAAAAUGUAUAACAAAGCAGUCAAACUGUGGGUCAUUGCCAGAGAGCGAUUUCAGCAAGCUGCAGAUUUGAUUGAUGCUGAGCAACGAAUGAAAAAAUCCAUGUGGGGUCAGUUCUGGUCUGCUCACCAGAGAUUUUUCAAAUACUUGUGCAUAGCAUCCAAAGUUAAGAGGGUUGUUCAACUAGCUCGAGAAGAAAUCAAGAAUGGAAAAUGUGUUGUAAUUGGUCUGCAGUCUACGGGAGAAGCUAGAACAUUAGAAGCCUUGGAAGAGGGUGGAGGAGAAUUGAACGAUUUCGUUUCAACUGCCAAAGGAGUGUUGCAGUCACUCAUUGAAAAACACUUCCCUGCUCCAGACAGGAAAAAACUUUAUAGUUUGCUAGGAAUUGACUUGACAGCUCCAAGUAACAACAGCUCACCAAGAGAUAGUCCUUGUAAAGAAAAUAAAAUAAAGAAGCGGAAAGGUGAAGAAAUAACUCGAGAAUCCAAAAAAGCACGAAAAAUAGGUGGCCUUACUGGUAGCAGUUCUGAUGAUAGUGGAAGUGAAUCUGAUGCCUCCGAUAAUGAAGAAAGUGACUACGAGAGCUCUAAAAACAUGAGUUCUGGAGAUGACGAUGAUUUCAACCCAUUUAGGGAUGAGUCUAGUGAAGAUGAUGAAGAUGAUCCCUGGUUAAUCAGAAAGGACCACAAGAAAAACAAAGAUAAAAAAAAAAAGAGAAGUAUAGAUCCAGAUUCUAUUCAAAGUGCCUUAUUAGCAUCAGGUCUUGGAUCAAAACGACCUAGUUUUUCUUCUACACCAGUAAUUUCACCUGCUCCUAACAGUGCACCAGCUAACAGUAACACCAACAGCAGCAACAGCCUUAUAACAAGUCAGGAUGCUGUGGAAAGGGCCCAGCAGAUGAAGAAAGACCUACUUGAUAAACUAGAAAAAUUAGCAGAAGACCUCCCUCCUAAUACCCUGGAUGAACUUAUUGAUGAACUUGGUGGCCCUGAGAAUGUUGCUGAGAUGACUGGCCGCAAGGGGAGGGUUGUAAGCAAUGAUGAUGGAAGUAUAUCUUAUGAGUCAAGAUCUGAACUUGACGUCCCUGUGGAAAUACUAAAUAUCACGGAAAAACAAAGAUUUAUGGAUGGAGAUAAGAAUAUUGCUAUCAUCUCAGAAGCUGCCAGCUCAGGUAUUUCAUUACAAGCAGAUAGGAGAGCUAAAAAUCAAAGGCGAAGAGUUCAUAUGACUCUGGAAUUACCAUGGAGUGCUGAUAGAGCAAUUCAGCAGUUUGGACGAACUCAUAGAUCAAACCAAGUUACUGCUCCGGAAUAUGUCUUUCUGAUUUCUGAAUUGGCAGGAGAACAAAGAUUUGCAUCUAUUGUUGCUAAAAGACUUGAGAGUUUGGGUGCGCUUACACAUGGAGACAGAAGAGCAACAGAAUCCAGAGAUCUGAGUAGGUUCAACUUUGAUAAUAAGUAUGGAAGAAAUGCUUUAGAAAUUGUCAUGAAAUCCAUUGUAAACCUAGAUUCUCCUAUGGUGUCACCACCUCCAGACUAUCCUGGAGAAUUCUUUAAAGAUGUUCGACAAGGACUGAUAGGAGUUGGCCUGAUAAAUGUAGAAGAUCGUUCAGGAAUUCUUACUCUAGAUAAAGAUUAUAACAACAUAGGAAAAUUCUUAAAUAGAAUUUUGGGCAUGGAGGUGCAUCAGCAGAAUGCGUUAUUUCAGUAUUUUGCAGACACACUUACUGCAGUUGUUCAAAAUGCCAAAAAAAAUGGAAGAUAUGAUAUGGGAAUCUUAGAUCUUGGUUCUGGAGAUGAAAAAGUGAGGAAAAGUGAUGUUAAGAAGUUUCUGACUCCAGGAUAUUCAACCUCUGGCCAUGUAGAAUUAUACACGAUAAGUGUAGAGAGGGGAAUGUCCUGGGAGGAAGCUACCAAGAUUUGGGCUGAGUUGACAGGACCAGAUGAUGGCUUUUAUUUGUCAUUGCAAAUAAGAAACAACAAGAAAACUGCCAUCUUAGUUAAAGAAGUGAAUCCUAAAAAGAAGCUUUUCUUAGUUUAUAGACCAAAUACUGGGAAACAGCUCAAAUUAGAAAUUUAUGCUGAUCUAAAAAAGAAAUAUAAGAAGGUAGUCUCAGACGAUGCCCUGGUCCACUGGUUAGAUCAGUAUAAUUCAUCUGCAGAUACUUGUACUCAUGCUUAUUGGCGUGGCAAUUGCAAAAAAGCAAGUUUGGGAUUAGUUUGUGAAAUAGGUCUUCGUUGCCGCACGUACUAUGUAUUAUGUGGCUCAGUACUGAGUGUCUGGACAAAAGUCGAGGGUGUUCUCGCGUCUGUCAGUGGCACAAACGUGAAAAUGCAGAUAGUUCGGCUAAGAACAGAGGAUGGACAGCGGAUUGUAGGUUUGAUCAUUCCUGCAAAUUGUGUGUCUCCUCUUAUAAAUCUCCUGUCAACUUCAGACCAAUCUCAACAGCUUGCAGUCCAGCAGAAGCAGCUCUGGCAGCAGCGUCACCCUCAGAGCAUCGCCAAUUUGAGCAACGCAUAAGAACAGACAGGUUUCAACAUGGAUGUAUAUGAAAUGCUGUUGAAGCAUAUCAUUUGCAUAAAAAUCAGGGACAGUUUCCAAAGAAUUAUAAUUUUUUUUUCAGUUGUGCUCUCUCUCUAGUUAAUUUUUUUGGGAAUAAGGACAAACCUGGAAUAGAUAGCAAAACUGAAAAUCAGCAGUGCCGAUGGUGGUACAUAUGUCUUUCCUCGUGCUUUUCCCAUGGUACUUACCGUAUGCUUUUACUUUGGGUGAGCAGAGGGGUAUGUGCGCGUGUGUGUCAGUCUGUUUGUGAGUUUGUUAAAAGCUACGAACCAUAAUUGGUUUAAAAAUGCUUGGAACUUCCCAAACCGGCUGUACUUUUAUGUUAUACAGUGCUCAGGGUUAACGCAGUACAUCCACGCCAUUGCCGUGGGACGUAUCCCCGGACGCAUGUGUUUUGAGUCUAUAAAUAGAGAAAAUAUAUAUUGGUUUCUUCUUCCAACUUAUUAAAACAAUAGGUUCAUUAAAGCAUGAAAUGGAAGGUUACAUAUCAUGCAUUCAGGUUCUUUUUCUAGUUUUUGUUCUGACAGUGCAUGUCUUUGAAAGCAUGCGUAAACCAGAUUAACACAGAAGUCAAGUAAUGGAGAGAAACAUUUGUAGAUGUACAGCAUUGGUUAUUGCAUUUUUAUAGUGUUUAUACCUGGGUGUUGCUUCAGACCCUGCGACAUCACCGUCUCCCAUUCUCCCUGCCCCAGGGUUCUUGUCAAGGUAAUAAUGACUACAUACAUUUUUUGGUGAUAAAACUCUUAAAAGUUAAUUUUAAUGUAUUAAUAGUAUUCCUAAUGUGUGCUGCAAAAUGGCUACAAGCCUGCUUUUCUUAAAAUUACAUUUUUCUUAACUUAAAGAUAGUUUUAGAAAGAAGUACAAAUUGGCUUCUGUCUUGCAAACAGUCUUUUUUUUUGUUUUUUUACUUCGUUAUCUUAAUUUGCUUUGUCACUCUUAAAAAUGGAAACCGUACUUGAGUUGUAAACUAGACAAUGAGGAAACACUUGAGGCUUCUGCUGUAUGUUUAUUUCUUGUUGUUAUUGUUGUUACCCAGUAACUUGAAUAUUGUUUAAUGUGUUGUAAGACAUUGUAGAGUUUAUCUUCAAGCUGUUAAAAAUGGUAAUGUACAAAUGUGAAUAGACACUUAUCUAUAAUAUGGGUAAGUUUUGUUUCGCCUAUAAUAGAUGUUUAUAAAAACAAGUGAGGGGGCAGUUGGUCUUUUUGUUUCCUUUUUUCCUUUUCCUUUUUUUUUUUUGCUUGCACAGGUUGCACUAUUGAGAAACUGAGAUUGUAUAAACCUGGUCAAAAGCUGCAAGAUACCACCAUCUUGUAGAUGUCAAAUAAAAAGUUAUUAUACUAAGCAGAAGUGGACUCUUGUUUAGGCCCUCACCACCUUCAAAAGUAGUCUGUGACGGGUAUGCUGCAGAACUUGCGUGUUGCUCAACCUUCUAGGUAGCCUUAUAGUUUGGUUUGAAACCUACCCCUCAAGGUGGAAAUGGUGUUGAGGAAGGGGUGAAAUGAUAGUACUUUUCAAAGUUUCUCAAGUUGAACUGUUGUCCUUUGUAACUUUCUAAACUUCUUGCAGAAUUAGGUGAGAUGCAUGUUAAGUGAUGGGAAAGCUAGGGCUAUCAUCCUCUUGUGUUUCUUCAAGCCUGAGUUUGGUUAUGUCACGUUUACCGUAAGUUUUCUUUCUCUGGAUUUAUUUAUUCUAGAUGCCUAAAGGGACAAAUUGAGAAUAAUUUCUGUUCUUUGGCAUAUUUUGCCCAGUGGAUGCAACUUUUAUCCUCAGUCUAGUCCUUAUAUCUCAGGCAGUGAUCCAUAUGAAUAUCAACCAAUGUCCCUUGUUAGGGCCACUAGACCCAGCUGGCAGUCAAGAGCAGAAUUGUCCACCUGCACCAAAACUUCCCAGUUCUUCUGUCUUUAAAUCAGGAGCCCAGUCAGCUUCCAUCAACACCCCAAGGUGAAAUAGAGCUGUGGAGGGGGAAGCAUAACAAGCCUGUUCCCUCCGGUGAGACAACAUGGCAGGGUUGGGGGAAAAAGACUCCCUCUUGGAGGCUUGGCCCAGCUUCCCUUCUGUGUGGGGGGGAGUAUCUUUUUUGGCAGGUUAGGGUUUUUUCCAAGCAGCUUCGGUGUGAGGGUUCUUUAGCGUGCAGUCAGUUGACCCUCUCACUUCAUGAUGUAAUGUUUGCUCUUGGAAUGGCUGUCUUGUUACAAAGGGGGAUAUAUGUAUGUUCUGUUCUUUGUAGAACAGCUGUGUUGUGCUUUUUAAAAAAAAGUCCAGAAAUAAGGCCUCUGGAAACUCUCAAAGUAGACCUCAGAAAGGCAGCCGUGUAAAUGGAUGGGAGCUGAGGUGCCACGUGCACGUGCUAUGCGUGGUGUGGCGUGCAUGUGAGCAUUGGGGGUCUGCUGCCCAUCCUCCUCUCUGGAGGUGAACAUUUGACCUUUAACACUGUGCCCUUAUCCAAGUCAGCAAGUUUUAGUUGGUCAACAUGGGAAAACCCAGCGUUCAAGGUCCUCCUCUGUCAAAAAAUCGAGUCUCAACAACGGCUAACUUCUGUACAACAGAUCCUUGUAUUUCAGGAUCUGCGUGCCACGUCUGAACCCAGGGACCUUGCUGAACCCGACGUGAGUCCAUUCGGCCUCUGUAAUGCCUUGUCUCCCUUUUUAGCAAUAUGGCUCUGAGCACAGAGAUUUGAUUUCAAGUCACGUUAGUGUUUUCAGAGUUUACAGUG